CGAAUGGAAAGUCGAAACCGCACCCAGGUUACGCACCCAGCGUUUUUUAGCUAAACCGCCUCAUCCUACGCCCUUUAUACAAUUCUCGAACCUUCCACUUCUACACGGUCUCAUUGCAUUUACACCUUUUUACUCGCACCUCGAUUUGCACACUUUUUUUGGGUAUAAAUGGCGACAAAGAAAAGCGUCGGAUCACUGAAGGAAGCAGAUCUGAAGGGGAAGAGGGUGUUCGUUAGAGUGGAUCUGAACGUUCCAUUGGACGAUAACUUCAACAUCACCGACGACAAUAGAAUUAGAGCCGCCGUCCCCACCAUCAAAUACUUGAUCGACUGUGGAGCUAAAGUCAUCCUUGCCUCUCACCUUGGGCGUCCGAAAGGUGUUAUGCCAAAGUUCAGUUUAAAGCCUCUUGUGCCCAGGCUCUCUGAACUACUUGAAGUUGAGGUCAAGAUGGCUAACGACUGCAUUGGUGAAGAAGUUGUGAAGUUGGUGAGUGAACUCCCAGGAGGAGGCGUUCUUCUCUUGGAGAAUGUUAGAUUUUACAAAGAAGAGGAAAAGAAUGAUCCUGAGUUUGCAAAGAAGCUUGCAUCCCUUGCAGACUUGUAUGUUAAUGAUGCCUUUGGAACCGCACAUAGAGCCCAUGCUUCGACAGAGGGAGUGACCAAGUACUUGAAACCUGCUGUUGCUGGAUUCCUUAUGCAGAAGGAGCUUGACUAUUUAGUUGGGGCUGUUUCCAACCCCAAGAAGCCAUUUGCUGCAAUUGUUGGUGGGUCAAAGGUAUCCACUAAAAUUGGAGUUAUCGAGUCACUGUUAGAGAAGGUAGACCUUCUCUUGCUGGGUGGAGGAAUGAUCUUUACUUUCUACAAAGCCCAAGGACAUGCUGUGGGGUCUUCACUUGUUGAGGAGGACAAGCUUGCUCUUGCAACUUCACUCAUGGAGAAAGCGAAGGCUAAAGGGGUAUCUUUAUUGUUACCUUCUGAUGUGGUUGCUGCCGACAAGUUUGCUGCUGAUGCUAAUUGCAAGGUUGUUCCUGCAUCUGGAAUCCCUGAUGGCUGGAUGGGAUUAGAUAUUGGACCCGAUUCUAUCAAAUCAUUUAGUGAAGCUUUAGAUACUACCAAAACCAUCAUUUGGAAUGGACCAAUGGGUGUUUUUGAGUUUGACAAGUUUGCGGCAGGAACUGAGGCCAUAGCCAAGAAAUUGGCAGAACUCAGUGGCAAGGGAGUGACGACCAUCAUUGGAGGAGGUGACUCUGUUGCUGCUGUUGAAAAGGUUGGGUUGGCGGACAAGAUGAGCCACAUUUCAACCGGAGGUGGUGCCAGCUUGGAGCUUCUUGAGGGGAAACAGCUGCCUGGAGUUCUUGCACUCGAUGAUGCUUAGGCAGAUUCUUCUUGCUGUUUUUCCACUUCGUCCAUCCUUCAAGUUGUCAUGUCUGGGUUUUUACCAGAUUGGAUGCCGAUAUAUGUAUGAACUGUCCUUGAAGAGCAGUAGAUCGGAUUUAAAUAAUUAGAACCAUGCCUAUCACAGUGUCACACUGUGUCAAAUGGCAAAUAACAAAUUUUCUGGGUUUUGAAGAAUGAAUUGAUGGGGGUUUUCUCCUUGUCUAGUUGUACGUAUGUAUUGGGAUGAAUGAACAACGAGCAAUAUUAUUUGUGAGGUUUUCAAUUAGUAAGUGUCAUAAAAGGGAAAAUGAAAUAUCUCCAGAGCAAGUUAUGUAUAUAUAAAAAGAAACUAUUUUCAAGUA